AUGGCAGCCAGCGGUGGGGCCGACGGAGGCCGCCCGGAUCUCAGUCGCUACGUGGUGAGCCGACCCAUCUACAACGAGCCCAGCUUCCAGGAGGAGAACGAGAAGAAGCUGGUGGUGCCCAAAACGCUCCGCGAGCGAGUCCAGAAAUCCUGCAGCUGUUCGAGAAAAAAAGCCUUCCAAGUCACCAAGACCUUCUUCCCUAUUCUGGAGUGGCUGCCCAAGUACAGGAUUAAGGAAUGGCUCCUGAGCGACAUAAUUUCGGGCGUCAGUACGGGACUCGUGGCUACCUUGCAAGGUUUGGCGUACGCCUUAUUGGCUGCAGUUCCCAUUGGAUACGGCCUCUAUUCUGCAUUUUUUCCCAUCCUGACGUACUUCUUCCUAGGAACAUCAAGACACAUCUCCGUCGGACCUUUCCCCGUGGUUAGUUUAAUGGUGGGCUCCGUAGUACUGAGCAUGGUACCGGACAUGGAUAACAGUAACAUGACGGGGAUGAAUGGAACAACCGUGGUAGACAUGGCCUCUAGAGACGCCCAGCGGGUGCUCAUUGCCAGCACGGUGACCUUCCUGGUUGGCAUAAUCCAGCUAGUGUUUGGAGUACUUCAGAUUGGUUUUAUUGUAAGGUACCUUGCUGAUCCAUUGGUUGGUGGAUUUACAACAGCUGCUGCUUUUCAAGUAUUUGUUUCACAGCUAAAAAUUGUGCUGAACGUUUCAACCAAAAACUACAACGGAGUCCUUUCCAUAAUCUACACGCUGAUAGAAAUAUUUGAAAAUAUUAGAACCACCAAUAUAGCUGACCUAGUGGCGGGGUUGCUGACCAUCGUGGUGUGCAUGGCUGUCAAGGAGAUUAACGACCGCUUCAGGCACAAGAUCCCGAUUCCCAUUCCGAUAGAAGUGAUUGUGACUAUCGUUGCCACGGGCAUUUCCUACGGAGUGGACCUUGAGAAGAAAUACAAUGCGGGGAUUGUGAAAACUAUUCCUAGAGGAUUUUUGCCUCCUCAACCUCCAGCGGUGGAGAAGUUUGGAGAGAUGUUGGCCUCAUCAUUUUCCAUUGCGAUUGUCGCUUACGCUAUCGCCGUCUCGGUGGGGAAAGUAUACGCCACCAAGUAUGAUUAUUCCAUUGAUGGAAAUCAGUCUGUUUUGGCAGCUGUGGUCAUUGCGAACUUAAAAGGGAUGUUCAUGCAGGUUUGCGAUGUCCCUCGUUUGUGGAGGCAGAGCAAAGCAGACGCAAUGAUCUGGGUUUUCACGUGUGUAGCAUCCAUCAUCCUGGGAUUGGAUUUGGGAUUACUUGCUGGUUUGGUAUUUGCCCUGCUGACGGUGGUGCUGAGAGUUCAGUUUCCUUCCUGGGGUAAACUUGCUAACGUUCCUGGCACGGAUCUGUAUAAGAACAUCAAAGAAUACAAAAAUGUGGUUGAACCCGAAGGAGUGAAGAUCCUCAAGUUUUCAAGUCCCAUUUUUUACGCUAAUAUCGAUGGCCUAAGAAGCAGCGUCAAAUCUACUGUGGGGUUUGACGCUGUGCGGGUGUACAACAAAAGGCUGAAGGCGCUGAGGAAAAUACAGAAGCUAAUCAAGAAAGGAAAAUUAAAAGCCACAAAAAAUGGCAUUAUCAGCGAUUUGGGAACCGUGAAUGAGGGUUUUGAAUCUGAUGAUGAUCCAGAAGAUCCGGUCGAUCCGGACAUUCCAACCAAAGAAAUGGAGAUCCAGGUGGAUUGGAACUCAGAACUUCCCGUCAAAGUGAAUGUUCCGCAAGUGCCCCUCCACAGCCUCAUUUUUGACUUUGGAGCCGUCUCUUUCCUAGAUGUAGUAGCUGUCAGAGUAAUGAAAACAAUUGUCAAAGAGUUCAAAAGAAUUGAUGUGUCAGUAUACAUCGCAUCACAUCUAGACCACAUUAUUAAAACAUUAGAACACUGUGCCUUUUUUGACGAUAACAUUCAAAAAGAAGUAUUUUUCCUGACUGUACACGAUGCUGUACUACACAUACAGAGUCAAGUCAUGUAUAGGGAGGCCCAAGACCCUAUAGCUGAAAAGAUAUCCUUGAUGCAGGAAUCAAAAGAACCGAUAGAAUUUCCAGAAACUUACCAGAAUGAAGAGCUGGAUGUUCAAGAAGAGGCUAUGCGCAGACUUGCUUCCUAAAGGACAUCUUCAGGCUUGGGAAGACCAUGGACAGCGUA